AGAAGAACAAAGACCUACAAACAUAUGACUUCGCUCGCUGCUUCUCGUUCUUGUAUAUAUGUAGUUAGCGGCAUCGUAAACAUACAAUCAUUUAUAAACAAAGCGGCGAACUUUUGAUUUUCACCGGUAAAGUUAUCAAAAAUGUUUUCCUAUAAAUUGCCGGAUGGAGGUCUGCGCACUUGUUGUUAUAUAAAUGCCGAAGGUGGUAUCAAGUUCGAUCCUCCUGUGUAUGAACAGCGUUACACUACAGCAGUUCGCAUACUGGAAGACUCACGUUGGGGACAGAAAUUUAAAAAAGUGGUGGAUUUUGGAUGUGCGGAUAUGCGUUUGUUGCCAUUACUGAGACGUGUUAAAGGCAUUGAGCAUAUCCUGGAGGUUGAUGUUGACGAAAAUAUUUUGCGAAGCAAUAAAUUGAGAGCAGAACCACUCGUAUCGGAUUAUUUAAUGAGGCGUGAAAAUCCUUUGCGUGUGGAAUUACUAAAAGGAAGUAUCGAUGCAUCGGUCGAACAGUUGCUUAAUGUAGAUGCAGUUGUCGCCUUGGAAAUAAUUGAACAUUUGUACCCCAAAACAUUGGAGAAUGUCCCAAAGAACAUUUUCGGAUUUAUGCAACCUAAAAUCGCAAUAUUUUCAACACCCAACUCUGAAUUCAAUGUACUUUUUCAACCAUUAUUGGCCAAUGGUUUCCGCCAUGAUGAUCACAAAUUCGAAUGGACGCGCGCCGAAUUUCGCGAUUGGGCGCGAACAAUUUGCCAGCAAUAUCCAAAUUAUAGUGUUGCCUUUUUGGGUGUUGGCGAUGCACCACCGGAUAACAAGAGUAUUGGUAACGUGUCUCAAAUUGCAAUUUUUGCACGUCACGAUCUGCUUGGUCGUCGCCUAGUUGAACCGUUGCGCUCCGAAGUACCAGUCGAUUGUAAUGCUGAUGCAGAUGUGCAGUAUAAGGAAAUAUUUGCUGUCGAUUUCCCAUUUAAUGUCGACGAACGCAGUAAGGAAAAGAAAAUUUUGGACGAGGCGCGUUAUCAAAUCGACCGAUGCCGACGCAUAGAUAGAUACUUCAAUCGAGAUUUAGGGGUAUAUCAAGUGCCACUUACCGUUAUGGACACAUAUAUUGAAACUCUUGGGGCCUCAACGGAAGAGUUACUGGAUGUCUUAAAGGACAAUGAUAUAGAGGUAAAGGGCGAUUAUAUCAUAUUGCCUGAAUAUGAUGAAGACGAUUUGAGCUAUCGUCAUUAUGAUGAUUGUUAUGAUGAUGAAUACGGCUUGUGGAACGAUGCUGGAUGUGAUAAUGACGACGAAUUGGGCGCAUGCGGUGGACAUUCACUCGCCAAUGAUGAUGUCACUUACGAGUCUGAGGAAAAUUGGGAUUAAAUAUAAGCAAGUAGUAUUACAGUA